AACUUUGAAAUGAAUGUGUCAAACAUAAAUUCCAUUUGAAAUAACAAAGUAUUAAACGAGACCACACAAAUGUGAGUAAUAUUCUGCCAGAAGAAGUGCUAGAAUAAGAACUUAUCAUAUUAAUUAAUAAAAUAAUGAUUUAUAUUCAUUUAGUGAGUACAUUGUGUUCAUCUUCUAUAAGGGGCAACUAAGGUUCAGCUCGAUCCAUAACAAGUCCGUCUGCUUUAUUUCAGGUGCAUUCAGCAAAUUCAAUUCCAGGUGCCUCAUUAUGGAAGAUUAUCAAUAUUAUCUAUAUUAUGAAUAUAAUGAAAACACAACACUUCCCUUUAAUUUACCAACUUUAUUCUGUAAUAAUAGCAAAGUUAUACAUUUUAAGCGAGUUUAUGUGCCCAGUUUAUAUGCAAUCAUAUUUGUGGCAGGGCUUCUAGGCAAUUCUUUGGUCAUUGUGGCAAAGGUCCUUUAUGAGAAGCUAAAGAGCAUGACAGAUUUCUACAUGUUGAAUCUGGCGAUUGCUGACUUGAUGCUACUUUGCACUUUGCCGCUCUGGGCAGUAGAUGCAUAUUAUGGAUGGACUUUUGGAACUUUUAUGUGCAAAGUUGUAAAUGGUGUUUAUACUGUCAACCUCUAUAGUUGUAUGUUUAUGCUUACCUGUGUGACCAUUAACAGGUGUCACGCCAUUACUCAAGCAACAAAAAUGCCUAAAUAUAAAAUAAUACAUGGUAUGUUUGUUUGUGGAGGGAUUUGGGUUUUUGCUAACAUUCUGUCUCUUCCAGAAUUUCUAUUAAGUGAAGCAAGUGCUGUAGAAACUGGUAAAGCUGUAUGCUGUAUGAACUAUCCAUCUGAUUCAGACAUCAUCAAAGUAGGAGUCCACGUAACACAGAUUGUGGGUGGGAUUUCUGAUACCCUUUGUGACAAUGAUCAUUUGCUACACGAUCAUUGCAAACAAACUGCUCCAUGCCAAGGGCUUUCAGAAGAGUAAAACAUUAAAGAUCAUAGUUGCAGUUGUAAUUUUUUUCAUGAUCUGUGAAUCCCCAUUCAAUGUUGCAAUGGCCAGUGAAGAAAACAGGACUUGUGAAUUCCAGGCAAAUCUAAAGUAUGC